CCACAGACAGAGGAUAUCCUCGGAGCCGGUUGGGAUGGAGGGUCCGAUGCUGCUGGCCAUGUGCGUCUUCGUGCCCCUUUGGUGCCAGGUCCUUGGCACAACAUCACAGGAAGAGCUCACACAAGAUGUGCCCCUUCUUCAUCCAUGGAGACAUCACAUGGCUGGGGCACAGAGGUUUAGGAGAGCCUGGGUCAUCCCUACUAUCUCGGUGUCAGAGAACCUGAAAAACAUCCCCUCCCUGGUUGUACAGAUAAAAUCAGACAAGCAGUAUUUGGGAAGUGUCAUAUACAGCAUCAAGGGGCCGGGAGUGGAUGAGGAACCCAAAGGAUUCUUUAAUAUCAAUAAAACAACUGGAAUUGUUUACCUGAAUGCAGUGCUGGAUCGUGAGAAGAUGGAGCGCUUCAAGCUUCGUGCGUUUGCAUUGGACAGUGACGGCGUUCCCCUUGAAGACCCCACAGAUCUAGAAAUUGUGGUUCUGGACCAAAACGACAACCGUCCCGUCUUUUCUCAGGCCGUCUUCAAAGGAUACAUCCUGGAGAAUGCGAUUCCUGGCACCCUGGUGAUGAGGGUCAUAGCUACCGACGCUGAUGAUGUAACGACGGACAACGCGCACCUCAAGUACUCCAUCGUCCAACAGGAGAGUCCAGAAAUGUUCAGCAUUAACCAGGACAGCGGCGAGAUCCGGACCGUUCAAGUGGGACUGGACCGAGAGUCAGUGGGAUCGUACAACCUUACUGUCCAAGUGGCCGAUAUGAUGGGGGAAGGGCUCGCCAACAGCGCCAGAGUGGUCAUUUCUAUAGGAGAUCUCAAUGACAACGCUCCGGAGUUCACACAGAGUGAGUUCCUCCUGGAGGUUCCUGAACAGACCAGCGGUGUGGAUAUCGGCAGAGUGAGCGUCGUAGACCGGGACCUCCGCGGCUCCCCCAACUGGCUGGUGCAAUUCUCUAUCACCGCUGGGGACCCCCAGGGGGCCUUCUCAAUUCAUACAGACCCCCAGACCAAUGAGGGGAUCCUGUCUGUCGUCAAGCCUCUGGAUCACGAGGGGACGGCCUUGUAUAACCUGACCGUGUCCGUUCAGAACGAGGCCCAGCUCCUUCCUUCCGUUCCCCGCACGUCCCGCUCCAAAGCGCGCGUCACUGUGAUCGUGAAGAAUUUAAAUGAGCCCCCCGUCUUCCUGGAAAAUCCCAUGAUGGCGAGAGUGAAAGAGGGGAGCCCCCCGGGAAGUGACGUCGCGGUGUACGUGGCGGUGGAUCCGGACAGUGGUCUGGCCCAGGACAUCCGGUACUCUGUGGUCUCUGACCCGGCAAAUUGGCUGCUCCUGGAUCCACAGACUGGAAAGAUAUGGACCACUUUCACCAUGGACCCGAAAUCCCCCUUCCUGCAGGGGGGGUGGUACACGGCGCUGAUCAGAGCCACCGACAAUGCCGCACCCCCUCUCAGUGCCACGGGGACGCUCUCGGUGGAGGUGGUGGAGCUGAACGACCACGCUCCGGUGUUACAGCAGCUUUCCGUGGAGCUGUGCAGCGACCCGCGCCUGGGCCAGGGCGCCCUACUGAGCGCCGCCGAUGAAGAUCUGCCGCCCCAGGCCCACCCCUUCCACUACCAGCUGGAUGAGUCCUCCGGGGCCUGGACCCUGAACUGGAGUGUCAGCGACCUCAAUGGUACCCACGCCAUGCUGGAACUGCUGACCGAGGUGGAACCCGGCCUUCACCCGCUGCCUUUGUUGGUGUCAGACUCUGGAGAUCCGCCCCUGGCACAGCUCUAUAUGCUGAAUGUGACCGUGUGCCAGUGUGACGCGGUGGGCAUCUGUAGUGGCAGCGCAGCCUCUCUCUUCAGCUCUGGAGCCGGCAUCAGCCUAACGGCCCUCAUCAUCAUCAUGAGCAGCAUUGCCCUUCUAAUGGUGUUGGUCCUGCUGCUUCUCAUGUUUCGAUGCAACUCCAGAAAUGCAGCCAACAAGGGGUUACUGUCCGAAUCGGAGGAUGACGUGCGGGACAAUGUGUUCAACUACAAUGAACAGGGAGGAGGAGAAGAGGACCAGGAUGCCUAUGAUAUGAAUCGGCUCAGGAACCCCUCCAUGCCAGUGCCGCCAUCACCCCGUCUGAAGCCCCCCAUCCGCAGAGACGCACCCUACAGCCAGACAUUGCCUCGCUACCCGCGGAGACCAUCCGACCGUCCUUCCGACAUUGCAGACUUCAUACACGAUGGUUUGCGGACCGCAGAUUCCGAUCCCAGCGUCCCACCCUAUGACACGGCCCUGAUUUACGACUAUGAGGGGGAGGGUUCCGUGGCCGGCACUCUGAGCUCCAUCUUAUCUAGCGAGGGGGACCCCAAUCAGGAUUACGACUAUUUGGAGGAUUGGGGUCCGCGCUUCCGCCGCCUGGCCGACAUGUAUGGACACGAGUGACCGCUGAGCCCCAAAGCCCUGACUCUACCGCAAGACUUUCAUUCUUCGCCGAACUUUGAAGCUGGAGGCGCAGCUGAAGUUUAUCGAUCAGGGAACAAUCCUUACCAGGCUUUGCAGGAAAACCUCGCUGAAGGAAUGUGAAGUGUAUAUAUUUAUGACGGGACAACUAUUCACCUAUUUUUGUACGGUUGAGACGUUCUUGGCGUGAUCAGAAAGAAAUGACUGCGUAAGUCUCAUUGACUAAUUGGUUUGGUAAAAAAAAAAUGUUUACAAUAGUAAAUGGACAAAGGGCAGGGGCGGACUGACCAUUCGGGUGCUG